GCUCGGAGGGGGAGGGGUGUCCCGUCGGCAGGCUCACAGACAGCAGGCAGCAGCUGUAGCGACAGGAACCAGCUUUCAGUACCGCAUUAAAACAUUCAUCUUCCUAUUCUUUAGCUCCGAAACACACCAGACAGCAACGUACACACGACCUCCAAAAUGGUAGACCGCGAGCAACUGGUUCAGAAAGCCAGGCUGGCCGAGCAGGCGGAGAGGUAUGAUGAUAUGGCAGCUGCCAUGAAAUCGGUCACAGAGCUAAAUGAAGCACUGUCCAAUGAGGAGAGGAACCUCCUAUCUGUUGCCUAUAAGAAUGUGGUUGGAGCAAGGCGCUCAUCCUGGCGUGUCAUCUCCAGCAUUGAGCAAAAGACGUCGGCCGACGGUAAUGAGAAGAAGAUCGAGAUGGUGCGGGCCUACCGGGAAAAGAUCGAGAAGGAGCUGGAGGCGGUCUGCCAGGAUGUGCUCAACCUCCUCGACAACUUCCUGAUUAAGAACUGCAACGAGACACAACACGAGAGCAAGGUGUUCUACUUGAAGAUGAAGGGUGAUUACUACCGUUACCUGGCUGAGGUGGCCACAGGGGAGAAGAGAGCCACAGUGGUGGAGUCCUCCGAGAAGUCCUACAGCGAGGCCCACGAGAUCAGCAAGGAGCACAUGCAGCCCACCCACCCCAUCCGCCUGGGCCUGGCGCUCAACUACUCUGUCUUCUACUAUGAGAUCCAGAAUGCCCCGGAGCAGGCGUGCCACUUGGCCAAGACCGCCUUCGAUGACGCCAUUGCCGAGCUGGACACCCUCAACGAGGAUUCCUACAAAGACUCCACUCUGAUCAUGCAGCUGCUACGAGACAACUUGACGCUGUGGACGAGCGACCAGCAGGACGACGAGGGAGGAGAGGGCAACAACUAAAGAGCUUAUAACCUCAUUCUGCCAAAACAACACAACGCGCUCGCUCACAGAUGAUGACAAAAUAAUAAAAAUAGUUAAAAAGUUCUUAGAAAUUUAAAAAUAAAAAAGGGAGGGUGGGGUGGGGUGGGGCGGUGGGGGACAUCGGCGUCCAAUUUAGCCGAUGGUAGACACGGCUGCUGUUCUUUAUUUUUCCACAAAUUAAAAGUGAAAAAAAAGUAAGAGGAGGGAAGACAAUUUUAGUUUGAGAAAUAACCUACAAUUAAAAAUAAAAGAAUGAAUCUCCCUCCUUGAUAGCCUCUGCAGCAUUUGCCAAAAUACCACUUUAGAAGCAAGAGGUAUGUCAUUCAUCACAGUUUGACUAUUGGGUAACGUUACCUUCACACUGGCAGAGACUGGUCUUAUCGCAUAAAUGAAGCUGAGCUGUUUUAUUGUAUUUGGUGAGGGGAGAAGAAUUCAGAAAUUCAAUCUCAGUGCUUGAGCAGCAAGAAAAUUAGAGUAACCUUGAAUGUCAUGGCCUUGCUUAGAAAGAGAGGAAGACAGAGAGGGAGUGAGUCAGAGCAGACAGGUUGCAGAGAGGAAGAAAGAGCUGUUAGGGGUGUCAUUGCAUAAAACUUCAAACAUCUUUAGUUGCACCUCACCCAUGAUCGUUAAAUGAAAAGCAGGUUGUCUCUGUUAUUGAAGAUAACAUGGAAAAAAAGUUUUUGUUUGCUUUGUGUCAGGUAUGUGUCCAGCUCAGUCACACAGUCAUACUGUAACUAAAAAUACAAAUUCAUAAAGUAAACUUAGUGCAGCUUGUCCCUCUCAUGUGCUGAUGUGCUUUAUUAAAUAAAUUAACUGUUUUUGGACACCUAAUUCUUAUUGUCAGUAUUGUCGUUACUAUAACAACUUCUAUUGGAUCCUCAUGUUUGUGGGAAACUAUUUGAUCUAGAUAGCAGAAUAAAUAAAAUGAAUAAAAUUUUAACAAUGUGUUAAUUGAAAAUUUCCACCAGUAUUCUCCAGUUAAUGCUAUCUUCACAACAUUUCGGUAGGUAGGAAACGGCACCUGGAACCACAGACCCGAUGAGUAUCAUUCUUGGACAGAGCACAUGCAAUGUUAAAUCAGAAGCUGUAAAAGUGGGUUUGAGGUUUGUUGAUUUACUUUGUCUUCAAUUUCCUCUUGGUCAAGAAAUUGCACCUGCCUAUUAUACUGUUUCUUCAGUGUAAGAUGAUAACUGCUCCAAUAUUCUCCAUAAUACAAUAUUGUGCAUGCUGGUGAUGUAUUUAUACAGUAGCUUCAAUUUAUUAACUUAUACUGUAGAUGUUAUGUAUUCAUAUGAACAUGGAAUUACUAGACCUUAAUUGGAUUAUUUUCUAUUUAUUUCUUUUUAUUGCAAUUGUUAGCUAGACCUUAUUUUAAUCUGUGUUUUCUUUACUCCAUUUGCUUAAGUACGCUAUACCAAAACAGUGAUUGUUAACAAUAAAUUGAUCUGUUACGGACA